CGAUAUUGCGAAGGGACUGAGCAAACAACAAAUGAAGGGCAAAAAAAGACGCUGAUGUCACGUUCUAUUUUCAACUGAAAGACAAAAAAAAAAGUUGAAAAAACAUACUUUAUCUUCAUACAAAUGGUCUUAGACGGAAAAGUGAUGGAUUGUGUCAUCCAGCUGUUAUAUGUUGAGCGAAACGUUGCUACGGAAAUUGUUAAUGUCGAAGAUCUCUAGAUGAAGCUGGUCGAUCUUCCUUUAAUGGCUUUGACAACAGCUUUUAGGCUUUUAAUGUUCAAAAUCGUUUAAAAUGACAUCUUAAGUUUACCAAGUUAUGGGUCAAGAUCUCGUGAAGAAUACCAAGGUCUCUGGAAGUUAUGAAAGUYUUUCGUUUAAAAGCCCUAGUGGAUUAAACAGCAGUGCUUCUAAGUUUUCAGAUGCUGAGAUGAGAAAUUUGACGAAAUUAUUUAAGAACCUUGCAGCACUGUCACUGCAAGACAAUKAUAUCAAUAAAUCAACCUUUGAGCACUACUUUCCUUUGGGUGGAAUAUUAGCAAAAAGGCUGUUUGUAGCAUUUGACAGAAACAAGAAUGGAUUGAUUGACCUUCAUGAAUUUAUAGAUGGAAUGGCAAUGUGUCUUCAAGGUUCUUUAGAUGACAAGUAUCAGAUAGCUUUUGAAAUGUUUGAUCUUGAUGGAACUAACGGUGUGUCAGCAGAUGAACUAUAUGUGGUGCUUAAAUCUGUUCUGAUGGCUGCUACAAGGGUAUUUCAAAAGGAUUCUUUGAUAAGUCGUCAAGAUUAUAAUGACAUGGAGCUAGAUCAACUUGCUUAUUGUAUUGUGAAGGAUGCGUUUCUACAACAGGCAGCUGAUUUGAAUCAGGAUAAUAAGAUGACUUUGAAGGUGUUCAAGUCCUGGAUAGAAAAGCACCCUUUCGUUUUGGAUUCCAUAUUUGGUCAAACCUGUCUGAAGGAUAAGACGACAAAGUAUGGCCGACUGAGUGAAGAAAACCUGUUUUACUACGCCAAAAACUCGUCAUCAGUCAAGAAACAGACCUGGGUUACAUCCAAGAAGGAUAGCGAUGCCUCUAAAAAAGAGCCUUUUGAUAGAAGCUACUCUAAGGCAGAUUACCUCUGGAGCCCUGUCUUCCCACAAAUGUCCAGCAAGCCAUGUAAACGAUGUAAACCCUCUGCUUGCUUGGUUUAUGACUCGGUGUAUUUGUACGGUGGCCGUGGUAUCUGUACGUCACUAAAAGACUUCUGGAGAUAUGACAUAGGUGAAAAUGCUUGGUAUCCUGUGCAAGAUCGAGGUAGUACCAGGCCAUCCUAUCUACAGGAACACACCAUGGUACCUUACARGAAUAACUUGGUUGUGUUCGGCGGAGAAUUUACGUCGUCUAACGAGACACCACUUUGGAUAUUCGAUACAAACACGUCAACUUGGACAAAACCACCAGUUAAACAAAAAGGUCCCACCAACCGACGUGGUCAUUCAGCUGUUAUCUCAGGCGACUCCAUGUAUGUGUUUGGUGGAUACAUGGACCUCAGAGGAGCCACACGAGACUUGUGGAAAUAUGAAUUUACUACUAAUACUUGGACUCGUGAAAAAAGUCAAUCCAAAGGCUGGCCGAGCCCGAGGUACGCCCACUCAGCGGCUGUCUUCGAUAAAAGUCUGGUAAUAUUCGGUGGACUAGAAGAAAUGGGGUGUAAGAACGAUCUGUGGUUAUGGAACAUGGCUGCUCGGAAAUGGACAAAAUUAAAAGGUCGCAAUCCACCACCACCUCUGUUCGGUCACUCGGCAGUGAAGGUUGGUGACGGGAUGCUUGUGUUUGGCGGGGAAUCGACUGACGGCAGCGUCUUCAAUACGUUAUGGCGAUUUAAUUUCGAUUCUUUAAGUUGGAGCACAGUACAGCCCAAGGGAAUGAUAUGUCCGCCUCCCCGUAGUCAUCAUACUCUUAUCCAAAUUCCAGACUUUCGGUUUUCAUCUUUUCGACCCUCGUCUUCUCGUUCGGCCCCACCCUGUACUCCUGCCUACGACAGAGAAUUAACCAGCGUUCGCGAAGAAAAAGAACCAGUUGAAUCAAAGGAACUCAAUGUGAAAAACAACACAAAUAUUAGCCAAGCUGCGUCAUUAGGAUCACUGGACUCGACUUCUUUGUUAUCACACAAUGAAGACGAACUAGUGAAAGUCAGGCUUAAUCCAACUAAAUCAGGUUCAUUGGACUCUAUAGUCACAAAAAUAGGUUUACGCGAGACGGAAAACAUGUCUAUGAUUAACCAUAAUAGGACGUUAAGCCAGGAGAGUAUACUUUCUUCCUUGAACAAUAAAACAGGGGAGCGCAAUGAUGUUAAUACGAAAAAGAACUCGACCCGACUUUCACCACCCGUUAUGCCUGGUACAGGGAGAGUUAUCCAGUCACUACGGCAACAGUUCAAGCCCGGGAGCGCAGAGUGCUUAUUACCGUAUAGUAAAAAUAAGGCUUCUGUUUGUCGUUCAGCGAAUUGUCCCGAGGUAACGAACACGGGAAUAAUCAAUUUGAUGGUAUUUGGUGGCUUGUCAAAGAGAGGCAUUGAAAGCAGUGACAGAUCGAUAGACAUGUGGAGGUGUAGUGUUAAUCCAGAAAAASAAACCAGUGCGAUCAAAAGAAUCGAAGUGCAAUCCAACGAGUACAAUCCUGCAACGACGUAUGACAGCUCUUACGCUUAUGAAAACCUAAGUAUAGAGGACGCCGCAGUUGAUAAUGAGGACUAUGUUGACAGCGAURACCAGGACGGUGUUAAAGAGUGCGUUCUCUUAGAUAUUUCUGACGGGGACAAAACAAGUGUCGGUUUCCUGGUAACUGAUACGACAACUGGUCAAUCAUCAUCACUGACACGCAUUUCUGUAUAAUCACGUGAUUGCAUGGGCCGCGCAUCUCAAACAAGGUGAGCACCGCUGAACGCUCUUGUAAUACUUUUAUACGUCAACGGAAUAUUUUUUUGAAAUUUAUUUGAGAAACAAAAUGCGACUACUGAUAUUCAUACGAAAAGGAAUAUACUURAAUGAAAAAUGAGUACAUAUAAUUUUAUUUUAAGAAUAUUGAGUGCCAAUAUUUACAACCCUUUUCGUUAUUUUACGUUUUCAGAAUUUAUUUAAUUCAUUUGAGUGUAAUUGUUCCCCUGGAGGGACCAACUUAUCGUUAUUCUGAUAACAAUGGAUAAUUCAGUCCAAUUUUCGUAUUUUUAGAGAUAUUAUUAAAAAUAUCCAGAGACUCAUUAUUUAUGAUUCAUGGUUUAUUAAAAAUUUCAUYCAAACUUUUUAAUAAAAAUUUUUCUUAAUAUUGUUCAAAUCAAGAUUUUAUUUUAAAAAGAUUGUCUUCGAAUACGAAACAUAUUAAAAUAAUAUAGGCCCUUUGCUGGACACAGUCACGUGACUGUUAACGUAUACCCCCRUUUUUUUAAACAAAAUAACUCUUUGAAGAUUCGUAUUACACCUAUUUUCAAAAUUACGCGACCUGUGUAGUUGGCACUUGAAAGGUAUUUCUUGUGUUUUGGCUGCCGUCAAUCAAACUUCGGACGAUUUAAUUUCAUCCAAAAAAGGCCAAAAUGAUCUUAAAGUUUCRACCGUUUGAAUAUUACAGAAAGAAAGACAAGUUUGCUUCAUUUCAGAAGGAUUUCGCAAGAGCAAGCCGUUUUUAUAUUUGAUUGACGGCAUCCAAAACAGAAAACGAGAGGAGUCGUGAGCAUCGGCGGUCGCAUARUUUUGAAAAUACGUGUAAAAAAUUAAGAAAGCUUUUCUUUCUCAUCGUUCUUUUAAGCUUGGAAUUCUUUAAGCGAGUCUCGUGGUGCAUAUUUUCAACCUCUAAAGCAUUUCAAAGUUCAUUUACAAUUUUAGAGUUUGGCAUUCCGUCAGAGCCCUCCCCAAGCACGUGACUGUUUGAUGCAAAGGGAGUAUUUGAAUAAAAAGACAAUAUGUAAAUUGCAAGAGAUAAUAAAUACAAAUUGUGCAUAACAGUAACUUAUUUAACUAUUUAUAUACCACAAAAAUGAAUAUACUUUUGAUAAUAAAAUUUAAUUUGACAAUGAA